AGAAGGAAAGGGAACAGUCAUAAAGAAAGGAGAGGCACUGAAUGAACACUUGGAAAAGCUUGGCUACUCUCAGGAAACUGAACCAGUGUCUUAGAACUUCUUUUUGCCUGCAAUGAGUCCUGAAUUUGUGGUUUACCAUGACUAAAGAAAUCUGUGUCAGAGCUCAGUAGCUUUUUGGGAUGACCAGUGGAUUGCCUCGCUUCUGAGAGGAGGAGGGAAACACAGAAAGGAGAAGUAGUACUGACAGGCGGGACCAACGUUGGCUCUGAGAGGAUAAGAUCUGCAGUCCAUCUGGAUUUAAACGAGGAACCUCUGAGACUUUUCUGUUCAGAGGGAAAGCAAUUCUUUGGAAGUUUAAAGUCCUUUUUUUGAACUGGUGCUUCUCAGAGCUGAAAAUAUGUGCCACGUUAUUGUAACAUGCCGCUCCAUGCUUUGGACCCUGCUUAGCAUCGUAGUGGCUUUUGUGGAACUCGUGGCCUUCAUGAGCCCUGAUUGGCUUCUGGGGUUGCCUCGGCCUGAGCCCAGCAAUGAGGAUGUGGGUAUCAGGGAAUACCGGCCAACCCUCGGCCUCUACAGCCGCUGCCUUCAUAUAGGAGCCCAUGGAGUGGGGGUCAGCUGCGGGCCUUAUGCAGGGACAUUUGGGGAAGUGGCCAGUAAAUUCUGGCAGGCCGCCAUGUUGUUUCUGGCAGCUGGAACGCUGGUACUUGGGUGUGUUGCCUGCAUCUCCAUCUUCACUCUGUGUUUUCAAAGCAUCAAGAAGAAGAGCAUAUUCAACAUCUGUGGACUACUCCAGGCAAUUGGAGCCCUAUUGCUAAUGGUGGGCCUGAUGCUGUACCCUGCAGGCUGGGGUUCAGAGAAGGUGAUCUUGUUCUGUGGCAUGGAGGCCUCGCCCUUCAAGCCCGCUCUGUGCUCACUCGGCUGGGCAUUCUACGCAGCUAUAGGAGGAAUGCUUGGAACUUUCCUGUGCUCUGUCUUGUCUGCACAGGCCGAGAUCGCCACUUCCAGUGAUAAGGUUCAGGAGGAGAUCGAGGAGGGGAAAAGCCUUAUUUGUCUGUUCUGAGCCUCAAGGAAGCUCCAGGAAGAGAAGGAAAUCCCCUCUGGUGGACUUUUCAGGGUGUGCACACUUGUACAUUUGAACGGAAGGAAGACAAAGACUUCCGUGAGGGGUUUCCCUUUCUGGAUGGUCUGGAUAAGAGUGGUAAAAGCCUGUGAUACUAAGUGGGAAAAUGUUUUAUUUUUCUAUAUUUUUAGGUAAAUUUUGUUUUUAAGUAUUCCUAGAGGACAUAACAGAUAAACAUUACUUGUUUCUACAAAGACACUUUCUUAUUUUUACACAAAUAGAGGAAAUCACUGUAAUGGAAAAAUAGAAGAUUAAAGAAAUUGGUUGUGGAUAUGUUACUCGUUUAAAUAAGCAUUACGAAUGUUCACAUUGUUAACCAGCAAACCAAAAGCAGAUUAUAAUUUUUUUGCUAUUAAAAAACAUUUAUUUCACCUAAUUUUAUUUUUUAACCAGGGAUGUUCCACUGAAAUCCAGUAUCUCUUCUGCCAGAGAGCGCUGUUCUAGAUGAGCAGCAAAAGCAGCAUUUAACUGCUGACAUAUUUUCUCAGUGUUUAGUUUUUUACAUGUUUGUUUGCUCUAGAUUUGCUGCACAGGAGUUGUCCUUUUUAAUGGGACAUUUGUGGAUGCGUUGCACAACUGGCAGGGUCUGCAGAAUAAGUUUCACUUGCCAAAUGUUUGACUGUUUCGGCUUCCAUAAUGGCAUUUUUGCUUUCGUUGAUUUAGCUUUUGAUGCAUAAAUUCAUAAUUUUGGUCACUUUUCAGUGUUCUUUCCUUAAGGUGGUUGUCCCUUUUCAUGUCUUGGUACCUGUAAAUAGUACCUUUUCUUGCAUUUUGCACUUGGUUUUUAACUAAUUUUGUAAAGUUGCAUACUUGGUUUGUGUUUUAGAUCUGUUUUUUUUUUUUAAUCCAUGCUCCAAAUUGUACCAUAAACGUAAUAAUUCACCUUUGCUGUGCUUUUAUUAUUUGAUAAUGAGUGUGUAAUGUGCAAUAACUCGAUAAACUAUUCGCUGACUUAUUGGGCUGAAUGAACCUGUGUGAAGUGAAAUUAAUUUGCUUCAAAGAGGAUAAAUAGCGUUUGUUACAGUAUCUCACAAUAACAAAAGAAUAGCAGCAUGUGUGAUGCAACAUAUGAUAAUUUGUGCCUACAUUUUCUUUCACAAAAUUAAAAAAAGAAUGUGUAACCUACA